AUGAUUGGUGCACAAUUUCCUGAUGACCAUUUACGCACAUUUUUAAAGAAUGCUCUCAUAUACUUAUUAUCUGACCCAAACCUACGGUACACAUUGCUGGCAUAUCCUAUCCUGGAUUUUUCAGAGUUUGUGUAUGAGCUCUUGUGA